GUAUAUAUAUUUUGCGUACUACGUGGUACAUACAAUACGUGUUGGCAUGUUUUUGUAUUUCGUGUAGAAUUCCAGUUUAUCGUCGUAAUGUGUCGUGUGUACGAUGAUCAUUAUCAGUGAUAAUCAGUUGUAUAUUUGUAUUAUAAUUAUACGAGCAACGUUGAUUGCUGAUACGUAAAAUGGCCUGGUUCGGAGACAGUCUACCCAGUCUGUCGAAUUUAAAGGGACAGAUUACGAAUUUCACGAAAGAGGUUUUAUCCGAUGGUAUCGUUAAGGAAAUAGAUGAAAGAUCACAAGCUUUGGACGAAGCGAACGAAAGGUGCAGUCAAUUGCAAGAUCUGCUCAAUGCGAAAGAUGCCGAGAUUUCUCUCCUACGUCGACAAAAUAUCGAGUUGCAGAGUACUGUUAUCGAGAUAAAUGCAAAGUCCAAAGAAUCGAAGGAUACAAAUCAUAUCGAUGAAACCGAAGGCGUCUUUUGCGAUCCCUCGUGCGUCAACAAUCGAAACGCAAAGAUUCAGAAUGUACGUCAGCUACAGGAACAAUUGGCUCAAGCCACCGUGAAAGUCCGCGAAUUAGAAUACGAGUUGAAACACCUACAAAAGGUGACCACCAACGCGUCCUUGAGAGAUGACAUUUCCGAUGGACAUCAAAAGGCUGAAGUCGUACGAGCGAAACAAGAUAUGAUGAAUCGUAUAAUACAAAUGGAAGAAAAGACUCGAGAAGCAGAACGAAAUGCUAAGCAUAUCCAACUGGAUGAAGCCAGUCUUAUCAAUGACUUUCGUUCAGUAAUAUCGAAAUUAAACUCGCGUGAGAAAUUUGAUUUGGUCAGCGGAGCGUUGAAAGCUUUACAAAUCGAAAGCGAGACACGCGAGAAGGUAAAAAAUCAUGAAAAAUCCAAUGAUCAACUCGAGAAAGUCGAUGGUAUCGAAUACAACACUUUAACUAUGAGACAUCAUUUGGAUAAUGCAAGUGUGCAAGAAAAUAAAUCGAGCGAUACGACUGAAGAAUUUUCGAUCAAUAAACGGGAAAUAAUAUUACAGCAAAGAAUAGAGGAACUCCAAAAUGAAAAUAAAGAUCUUUUGGAAGCUAUGGAAAAAUUGGACGAAGAACAUUCGCAAUCCAUCGAAAAACUAUUGUCGCUCAGAGAAGAAACUAAUAAAAAGCAUCGUUUUCUGCAAAACUCGUACGAGCAGCUUUCCAUGGAUUACAACAAAUGCCAGAAAAAAAUAAUCGAAUUUCGUAACAACGAUGUGAAACUCGAUGAAAAUGCUCAUACCAAAACGAGCCAUCAUCAAUUUGUUCAGACCGAUAAUUUAGACAAUUUAGACAAAGUUCCUUUGCAAAGAGACGAUGUGGUGCUGGAAACAAGUAUUCUCGAUGAUAUUGCUCAGAAAAUUAAGAUGAUUUUGAAAAACUAUACCAUAAGCAGUAUCGAGCCGGGAGAAUCCAUCUUUGAAGCCAUCGCGAAACAAUACGUCGAUACUAGAUGGAAAUUAGACGUUUUAGAAAGGAAAGUAACCGAGAUUACUAGAGAUUUAAAGGAGACCAACGAAAUGAAAGACAGCCUGCAACUAGAAUGCGAGGAAUUGCAGUCUCACAUCGAUUCGUUAUUGUUGGAAAAUCAAGUUUUAAAAUCGAGUUUACCAUCUAUUCCCGAAGCGAGCGAAGAACGAGUAGUUUCCUUAGAAACGGAAGUUGAAUCUUUACAGGAAGAAGUGAAACGACUCUCGGCUGAAAACGAAACGAUACGAGAAACAAACACAACUUUGACGCACGCUGUCCAAGAUGAGGGAAUGUUAAAUCGCGAAGCAAAUCAUUCAUUUAUACAGGAAAACAUCGAAUUUCCAACAUGUUUAGAACAGAAUAACGGUUCCAACGAAGAUGCGGGGUCUAUCGAGCAAUUACAACUCCAUCAUGAAAGUGUAUCCAAGACGAAAUUGUCGGAAAAUAAUCUUGCAUCGUCGCAGCAGGAUGCUGUAGAUAAAUUGGCAGACGAGAAUAAAGAUUUGUCACAGAAGAAUUCGCAAUUAUAUGACACAAUUUUGCGAGAAUGUAGUCUACGAGAAGAGAAUGAUUGUCAAUUACGCGAUUUACAGGAACGACUCGACAUAGUUAAUCGCGAGAAACUCGAGUUGGAGAAUGAUAUUUUACACAAGGAAAAGGAAUUAGAAGUAAUGCAGAUUCAAAUGGACACGAAACAAUCUCAAGUUACAAAAUUAUAUCAAGAUAAUGAUAGAUUAAUUAAAGAAAAUGUAUCUCUGUCGGAGCAAUUAACUGCUACGCACGAUGAAUCAUUGGAUAAGAUUGAAUUGUUGAAUACUGAGAUGUCGUUGCUUCAGCAAGAACAUGAAGAUUUGAAACAGGAGGAAUCGAUCUACAAAGAAGAAUUGACUCGGACAAAGAAUAAAUUGUACGAGGCGCAGCAACAUUAUGCGAAAUUGGAAAACGAACAUUGUAUCUUAACAACGCAGUAUGAACAAGUUGAAUUAGAAAAGAAAAAUAUUCAAACACAAUUAGUGAUAAGCAUGGAAGAAGUUGAAGAGUUGAGUCUUCUACGAAACAAAUGUAAGCUUUUAGAACAAGAAAUAAAAGUUGUUCGUAUUAAAGAAACGCAGUUGUUGGAAUCUCGAGAAGACUUUUCGCCAGAGAUAUCUUCAAACGUAGAUAGAGCCAAUAAAAGAUUGCAGGAAGAACUUUCAAGAACUGUUGCAGAUAAUUUAAAUGGUUUAGAAACGGAAAACAUUAUACAAGCGGAAAAGCAAGAUUUAGUGCCAAAAGAUACAUCGAAUAAUAAUGACCAACAAACAUUCUUAUCGAUUAUCGACGAAGAGAAGGAUGCCAUCAAAGCACUCAACGAACACCUGAUGAGCGAAAUUAAUGAAUUACGUAGCAAAUUACAACUUGCUAUUGAGAAUAGUAAAGAGUCGGCAGAGAUGACUAAACAGACGAUUGAGGAUCUCUCUCAUCUUGUUCGAGAAAAAGAUCAGGCGAUAAGCAUUUUACAUGCCGAAGUAGAUCGCGCGAAUACUACUAUCGCGCAAACUUCCAACGAACUUGUCGUAAUCAGAAAUCAGAAGAAUGAACUCGAGCAACUUAUUUCUGCGAAACAUAAUGAAAGUUUACAAUAUCAGAAUGAAAUUCAAAUGUUGAUUCAACGCGUGAAUGAACAAACGGUUCAAAUCCAAAACUUAAUUUCAGAGCAAACAGCGAAUAAAAUACGAGAAGACGCAAAUCUGGAGGAACGGCAAAAGGAUGAAAAAAAUGCCGAAAUUUUGGCUCUGACGAAAAAAUGUGACGCAUUAGAAGCGGCUUUGGUGCAAGAACAGUCCAACAAUAGAAUUCUGCAAAACCAGCUCGUCGAGAGUCAAAACAGAGAAGCUAACUCUGUUAAAGAAUUAGAAAGACUAAGGACGCAUUUGGUCGAAAUGGAAUCGAGCUAUACAGACGAGGCUCUAAGUGCUGAAAAAAAUUAUCAAGAAUUAGAGGCGAAAUUAUUGCAAGCUGAAGAGAAAGUAAAGAGUAGUUCAACGGCUUUCACAUCGGCAAAUAUUCGGGCGAAUCAGCAGGUAGAAACGUUGCAGCAACAAAUAGCUCUGAUUACUCAACAGAGAGAUCAUAUACAGACAAAAUUAUCUGCUGCAGAAGACAAUAUUCUACUACAAUCUGCCUCUUUAACAAAUUUGCAAAUAGUUUUGGAACAGUUUCAACAAGAAAAAGAACGCGACAUUGAGUCAGCUACGGAAAAAAUUCGGUCUCAGCUCAAUGAAGCAUAUAAGAAACAAGAUGGAUUUCUAAAUGAAAUUUCGAUUCUUAAGCAACAAUUAUCCGAGGCUAAAGAAUGCUUGCAAGCUGCCUCGAGACUGAGCGAACAGCUUGAGAAGAAAGAUGAUCAAAUCGAGCGACUCGACGAAGAAGUUGCACGAUUGACCACAUCGCUAAAUUGUGCCGAGCAAAGAGUAAAAGAGACCAUGGAGCACGAUGAGGAAAAAAUUGACAAAAUUCUUAUUAAAAAUCUUCUCUUGGGUUAUUUAUCCUCGACUACAUCGGACAAAUCUGCGAUACUCAGGGUCUUUGCCAAUGUUUUGAAUUUCACCGAUUCAGAAAAGGAAAAAACUGGUUCGAACAUCGCGACGACGCAGAGUGGUAGUACGCUUUCAAAGUACCAAGAAGCGUCUUUAUCGACAGCUUUUGUGAGAUUUCUAGAAAGUGAAUCUAAACCGAAGCCUCAGCUACCACCUUUGCCAAUUGUGAAUUCAUCUUCGUCGCGGUCAGGAUAUAACAAACAACAGUCUUCAUCAUCGGCACAAUCCACAUUGUUAUUGCCCAACGUUGCUCUUCCAACAUUUCCAGACUUUAUUCCGGCCAGAAAUACGGGAUCUAUUUUGAAGGAAGUAUUAAAGGACAGUUGAUAUUAAACGCAUUAUAUUAAAAAAAAAAUUGUACAAAUAAUAUUAGAAAUUAUAAUAUAUUGGAUUGCAUUUUAUACCGCAAUAUUGUAUCGCCUGACUGCAUUCCACUCGAAUCAUCUUUUGCACAUUAUCCGAUUUUUGUAUAACCAACUGCGUGCUCAAUACAUAUAUAUGUAUAUAUUGUGUACAUUUUGUGUGUAUUUGCGUGUGUUGGAUAGAGAAAAAGAUAUUUUGUUCGCUUGAAGAACUAGAGUUUUAAUGUAGCUAUAUAAAGUUACAAUGAACAAAAAAGUAUAUUAUACCGUUGCUUUCUUUUCGAUAGCAAAAUAACAAGAUUCUCUAUUUAUAACGCAAUGACACAACGUCGUACUACAAGUAAUAAAUACAUAGUAAAGUUUCAUUGUAUACAACUAACGCGCGUACUGGGGGCAUAAAUAUAAAAUUAAAUCAUGUAUAUUCGAACAGAAUUAGUGUACAAAAUAUAAAUCUAUUUAACGAUUUCAUACACUAUUAUUAUUUUGCGAAAUAUAUGUACAUAGACUUUC